GUACUGGCCGGGACGGCGUCGCUGCCCGCGAGAGCACAACCAAAGAAAAAAAAGAAAGUGGAUCCAAAGAGAGAGCAAGCACAGAAGGAUCGUGUGAAAAAGAAGAUUAAAAAGUUGGAAAAAGCUGCUCCAGAACUGAUUCCCAUUGAGGAUUUUCAAACCCCACUGAAGUUUUCAGAUAGCAACAGGGUGCGAAGCCUUCCUCCUCUUUCAUUUGAGGAAACCGAAAGAAGAAUUUUACUUAUGAAAAAGUGGUCUCUGUAUAAGCAGCAACAAGACAAGGCCGAGAAGGAAGCAAUUCGGAGCCUCGUAGAAGCUCAGCAAGAGGCACUAAAAGAACUGCGCCUGGAAUCUGAGGAGCUGUACCAGGCAGCAGUCAGACGGGACGAGAAGCUGUUCCCCUUUGAGAGAGACGGACCUGAUUAUACGCCAGCACUUCCUGGUUAUGAUCCUCCUGAAGGAAAGUGCAUCGAUAUCACCAAAGUGUACACGCAGUGAUGCGGUUCGUUGUUCACCUGGCAUAAGCUGCUCGGCCGACUGAAGAACGGAGUGAGAGCUACUGGUUCCUUUGCAUGUUCAAACACAGUAGGUGUGUGACUGUAAAAACAAAUGAGUAGAAAAUCCUUUAAGUGUAUUUGAUUUUUUUAAAACUGACAGGCUAUGUAAUAAAACAUCCAGCAGAGCUGUGUCUCAUCUC